CUGAAAGGAAAAAAAAUAUUAUAGAGACAGUCAUUAUGUUGUCUAGCACAUUUGGAAUUCCUUCACCCUAUCGCGAUACCGUCAACAUUUUACAUCUGGUGCUACGUGUAAGUUAUGAUCGCCUAUACGAGCAAUACAGUAACGAGACGAAGAAGAUGGCACCUUUCGCAGCUAAUGACAAUGUCUCUACUCAAACGACUUAAUUCUAUUAUGAUGCAUUGCUGAGUAUCAAGUUGUGUCUUACACAAAUAUGUUCUUCCAUGAGAAACGUGGAUCCCUUAUCGAAUUGUCGUCAGAUCGACUGACUGCUAAAAGGACUGACAGUUUUUGUAAUGGGAUCACAUUUAGUGCAUUUCCCGUCCCUGUUAAUGAAAAGAUAUCCCUUGAAUUUCUGGGUAACACUUCUGGCUGGAGUGGUGCCUUAAGGUUUGGAUUUACAUCUGUUGACCCUGUCACUAUCGACGAACUUCCCCGCUAUGCUGUACCAGACCUCACAAAUAAGGACGGCUUUUACGCGAAAGCUUUGACUGAAAGUCAGGCAGAGCAAGGGUAUAGACUGACAUACCAUUGUGAUUCAGAGGGUGAUGUACAUUUCUAUGUGAAUAAUGAAUACAAAGGAGUUCAUAUUAAUAACGUGGAUGUAACUAAGCCAUUAUGGGCGCUUAUAGACAUUUAUGGUGUAACGCAACAACUCAGGUUUGUCGACCCAGAGGAAGCACCUGCUGAGAUUUUGGCACGUGGCCCAGAGUCUAUGCGUGCAUUCUUACAAGCCUCCAAAGCUGGCACCAAGCCUAUUUUCCGAACAAGAUUGAUGCUUGUUGGACAGGACAGAGUUGGCAAGACGAGUUUAAAAAAAUCAUUGACUGGACAGAGAUACGAUUCUGCAGAGGAAAGCACAGAUGGAAUAGAUACAAAUGAUGCCUGUGAAAUUAACGUACUGAAAUAUGAGGCAUGGAAGCUUCAUAAGGAAGAUGAAGCUGAUGAAAACAAAGGUGUUCUUGAUGGACCACAGGGGCUUGAAGAAGAGUAUGCAAGGGCCAUCGCUAAUAACAUUGUACAGGAACUAUUAUUACGGAAGCGUAAAAACAAAGAUGAUAAAGAAAAUGAGGUAGAGAAGUUGAAAAAAAAGACCGAUGCAACUGAUAAAAAGAAUAAAAAAAAUCAAAAUGUAUCACAAACAGAUUCCAAUAAAUCUGAGUCAAUUGAUAUUCAAGAAUCUGAGUCCAAAGAUGUUGAUGAGGAUCUACUUAAAGACAUGUCAGAUAAGAUUGUACAUCUAGUUACCCAGAUGUUGAACGAGGCUGAGAAGGAUGAAGAUCAGUUGAUGGACAAACAAGAGGCUGCUAAGAAAAAGAUUGUCCUUAAUAUUUGGGAUUUUGCUGGGCAGGCCGUCUACUAUACAACGCAUCAGGUGUUUUUGUCUUCAAGAGCAGUGUAUAUUAUUGUAUUUAAUCUUUCACAUGAUUUGGAUGCACCAGCACAAACACAAGUCAGACGAGGAGAUGGAGGAGAGGUUGUUUUUGAGGAAAGUGAGUUGUCAAAUCUAGAUUUUAUAGAUUUCUGGAUGAGUUCAAUUCAUGCACACACAGCACAGAAUCGACUAAAUAGUCUGGAAGAUGAAACGCUAUCACCACCAAUAUUCAUCGUAGGAACACAUAAGAACAGUUUGGAUCCUGAUCCUGAAGUCAGGCAGAAGAUAGUAGAGAGCAAAUUUCGAAGGAUUCGUGAGAGUUUAAAGGGGAAGCCAUAUAAGAUGCAUAUAGUAAACCAAUAUUAUGCGGUAGAAAAUAACCUAGAAGAUACAGAAGAUGAGCAGAUUGGUAAACUUCGGAGUCACAUAGAGGAGGUGGCCAGUAAAGAAAAAUACAUGGGAGAACAGAUGCCAAUAAAAUGGUUGAAAUUUGAAAAGAAAGUUGCUGAGUACACUGAGAAUAAAACUUAUUACCUCUCUCGUAAUCAGGCUAUAGAGCUUGGUAAUGAAUUGGGUAUCACUACAGAUGAAGGUUUGAACACAAUGUUGCAGUUCUACCAUGAUCUUGGUGUUAUUAUAUAUUACGGUGGUACAGGUGCCAUGGAUGACUCCCUGCAGAACACUAUUGUACUGAAACCACAGUGGUUGGUGGACGUAUUCAAACGUGUCAUAACAGUCAAAGAUAUUGAUGACAGGCAAUUGAACGAAGAUGCAAGAAAUAAUUGGGAGAAGAGUUACUAUGUUCCGUCCAGACUACGUAAUCACCCAAACAAAGAAGAGUUAAUUACAAUGACCAAGACAAAUGCCGUCUUUUAUCUCACAUUCGGUGGAUUUCUUCCAGAUGGUUUAUUUCAUCGAAUGUUGACCCGUGCUGUACGAUAUUCACAAGAACAAGGUGGCCAUGAACCCAAACUUUAUCAUAGGGAGGCAAGAUUCUAUUUGGAUGAAGACCAUGACUUUGCAUUAGAGAUGGCUCCAAUAAGACAUGCAAGAAUUAAGGUGACUGUGAUGCAUGUUGGGCUUUUUGAUGCAGAUGACAGUGAGGAAAUACCUGACCAGCCACCAAAACCAGAAGCAUGUGCUAAGGUGCGUCAUUUCUUGGAUUCCACGCUGGCCGACCUGAGAGAAAUGUGGAUCAAACGAAUCAAAUACGAGUUUUCGGUUGCAUGUCCUUGUGGUUCAAAGAAAGACGAACAUUUCCUUAACCUUGAUCAGUGUCUCAACAACAAAGUAGUGCUGUGUGAUCAUAGACGCAUUAAGACAAACUCAUUUAAGAAAUGGUUUCCAUCAAAAUCUACGUCAGUUGUUGCUCCGCGACCACUUUCAAGACAACAAAGUAAUCUCAGGCUCUUAGAAGAAGAACUACCAGACUGGAUGAAGAAAGCAGCAAAAUUACUGAACGCUGGGUCUGAAGGCUCUGAUUGGUUGGCACUGGCGGAAAAAUUAGGUUACAAGAAAGCAAAGAUUCGCAAGUUCAAUGACGAGGUGAACCCAGCUUUGGCCAUGCUAACAGACUGGAUUUACAGUAGUGGUAAUACUACACUGUCAAUUGAAAUGAUGCUAUCGUACUUAGAACAAAUGCACCGAGAAGAUGUUGUUGAUGCCAUUCAGCAAGGUCAAGAUUCCCAUACUUCUGCUCCAAUCUUCAUCAGUUAUAACUGGGGAAUCCAGGAAGAGGUAAAACAACUACGUGACUACUUGGAAAAAGCUGGAUUCCCAUGCUGGAUGGACAUUGGUCAAAUGGGCGGAGGUGAUACUCUAUAUGAGAGAAUUGAUGAUGGAAUGCGAAACUGUAAGGUGGUAAUUGCUUGUAUGACACCUAAAUACAUCGUCUCUCACAACUGUAACCGGGAAAUCAGUCUGGCUGAUUCUAUCUCCAAACCAAUCAUUCCUAUUAUGUACCAGCGAAUACCAUGGCCACCACCUGGAAGAAUGUCCUUGAUAUUUUCCCAUCUUCUUUAUGUGCAAAUGAAAGGAAUUGGUGGCCAUGGAGGUUCUGGCAUAAAUGCUGAUACCAAAGCAAAGUAUAUGGAAAUUGUUGAUCAAGUUCAGCGUCAUGUCACACCGUUGUCUUCACCUAAAGGCAUAUUAGCAAUAUCAGCGUCCAAAAAAACCACAACAGUGUCAAAUCCACAGCAGUCAGAACAAACAGUAACAAGGUCAAUGUCGAAUACAUAUCAGUCAUCUCCUUCCAUCGAGAGCAGUCGAAAUGCUACAACAAUGUCGCAGACACAGAUCGCAACUGGACGUGAUCCGACUGAGCAGGUGUCUGUUUCAAUGUGCACGGUCUGUAGUAUACUCUGAGAAAUUCAUGACCAAGAUUUGAGACAAGUUUAGGGAGUCUCAUAAGUAAGGCCCCCUAAGUCACUGCCAGUUGUUUUUGUCAUGAAAAAGCAUAAAAACUGACAAGGGUAAAAUUUAUUUAAUAAUGGUCAGUAAAAUUAUACCUUGUACUUAGUGGUACUUUUAUCACAAGAAUCAUUCAAUUCUUGUACAAUUUAAUAAAAUAACAUUUGAGGGGGGGGCAUAUUUUGACCUUUUAACCAACUCAAUUUUCCAGGAGAAAAUGUUGGUACCAUGCUUGAGUUGAUAUCACAUGACCGAAAAUUGAUGACUAAUCAUGAAAACAAAAUAUAGAUAUUUUGAUAAGAUGUCACGUUUGUAAAUUCUGCUGCUGAUCUCACUCGUAUAGUUGUAUUUUAUGAGCCAAAUGGAGACAGUAUACCUUAAGCGAAAAUCUCACUCCACGCUACAGAAGCAGUUGAGUCUUCUUGAAAAUGAUAUGUUUUAUGGACUUUGAACUGACAUAUUUGAAAUCUGAACAAAUUCUUGGUUUUGUACUGUAUUUGUAUAAAAAGCAAUACAUAUAUAUGGCAGCACAUGAAUGGAAUUUAUCUGACAUUGCACCGUCACUUUUUAUUGUAUUUGCAGUGAGAGUGCCAAACAAAAAAACAAGAUUUCAUUUGUGAUUUAGAAGUGUUUGUGAAUUCGUCAAAGCCGUCCAUUUGAUAUUCAACAAAUCCAGUAUACUUAUAUUUCAUAGUUUAAUUUCUUGUACAUAAACAUUUCAAAAUACUUGUAUGUAUGGAAGUAUAUAUGCAAUAUGUAACAGUCUUACAAAUAUUGAAUACUGUAUUUGUUCUAUUAGUGUAAUCAAAUUAGUGUGAAUUGGGUGUACUUAAUUAAAACCCCAUCGGAAAAAAAUUUCUAUAUUGGAGAUGUGUUACUAAUAGAGCAAAUACGGUAUUAAUCAGGGGAGCAUAAUCUGUGUAUGGUGAUUGGUUUAUUCAAGUUAAACCUAAAUUAAUUAUGAUUGGUUUAUUCAAAGUGAAACCUAAAUUGUGAUUGGUUUAUCUGAAGUGAAACCCAAAUUGUGAUUGGAUUAUUCAAAGUGAAACCUACAUUGUGAUUGGAUUAUUCAAAGUAAAACCUAAAUUAUGAUUGGUUUAUUCAAUGUUGUGAAAUAUUCCUCUUAUUUUUGUAAAAUUUUAGAUGACUAAUAUUCGGACACUGACUCCAUAAAAGACAUAUUUGUGUAUAUUAGUACAAUGUAUAUAAUAUUGUAAAUAUUUUAUUUGUUGUUUAUUUUUAAGACAAAAAGAUGUGCAUUUCCUGAAUAGUUGAAAUUUCCAGACUAUCAUUUCUGUUUUCAAUAAAAUUCACAGAACAAGUGA